GCGGGAGUGAGUGUGGUGGGUGGUCUGCUGUUUGUCGCUCUCUAGCUGCGGAGAUCGCCGGUUUGUCUCGAUUUGGUUGUGGCGGUCGAGAUGUUCUUCUCCCAGGUCGCCGCCAGGCCAAAGACGUGGGAAGCCAGCCCCUCAGAACACAAGAGAUGGGUGGAAGUAUUCAAAGUGUGUGACGAAGAUAACAAAGGCUACCUAAGCAGAGAGGACUUUAAAGUUGCUGUUGUAAUGCUGUUUGGGUACAAGCCUUCCAAGAUAGAAGCCAAUGCUGUGAUGUCUCCAGUAAAUCCAAACACUUCCGGUGUAUCACUGGAGGAGUUUUUAAACAUUGUAAGGAAAAAGAAGGAAGCUCAGGUAUAUUGGAAUGAAAUAAGACACAUCUUCACAGCUUUUGACAGAUACUAUCGUGGCUAUUUAACUUUGGAAGAUUUCCAAAAAGCAUUCAAGCAGGUGGCUCCCAAGUUACCAGAAAGGAGCGUUCUCGAGGUUUUCCGGGAAGUAGAUCAAGACUCGGAUGGCCAUGUCAGUUUUAAAGACUUCGAAUACGCCAUGAAUUGUGGACAGAAAUGAGGCCUGACUAUGGGACCUGCUCGUGGCAACCUCUGGGGAGACUGAUAGAUUGUAAUGUGCUUACAUGUCGACAUCACGCCACCAAAAAGCCAGUGCUGCAUACACACUCGAGUUUAAACUCUCCAUCGUGGUUUUCAGAUGCUGAUAGUUGCUAGCAUCUCAGAAUCCUCUAAGGGUCCUUUAGUUUCCGUCCAUGUAGCUUAGUAUCCCCUCCUCGUCACUCUCAACCCCCCACUCUGCAGGCCAGGAUGCUCUGUUCCCCUACUACUCCUCGCCACCCCGCCCGGUUCCCAGGUUCCCUGGUUCUUGUCAGUUCCUCAUUUCAGGAGAGGAGCCACUUCUUCCCUGCCGAUGGGGCUGUUUCCUUCAUGCAUUCAACUUGGUUGGAUGAAUAACAGCGCCUCCCUGUGGCGCCUGCGCACUGUGUUCCAAGUAAUGAGCAAGGCGCUGGGGAAACAAAGCCUUCAGUCUUCUCAAAGAUGAUGUACCCAGAGUCAAAGGCAUCCUUGCAAACUGGCCCCAGGGCCCUGGCUGUGCAGGACAGAAGCCAGAUUGGGCUGGCACAAGUAAGUCAGUCUCCCCGCGCCCCCCGC